UUGGUAUGCUACAGAAGCUCUUAUCUAUAACAAUCUUUAAAUGGUUCCAUAAGUAAUUAUUCAAUUGUUUAUAACAUUUUUUUCAUUUUGGACAAUGUAAAAUAAUAAAUAGUGUAAACUCUACAGCAAAAACAAAAAUAAUAAUAAUUUUACUAUGUUGUACGUAGUUUUAAAUAAAAUAUAAAUUUAAUUUUACUUCUGAUACAUUUAAAUAUUGAAAUCUUUGAGAAUUUUUAGUAAGUUUUGAGUGCAAUCAAUUUCUUGAAUAUUAUUAUUUAUAGCUUUGUCUAUGUAAUUUAAACUGUUACUUAAUGCAAAAAUAGAGUCAAUUUCUGGAUGAUAUUUUUUACAACUUAUUCCAGGUUUGUUUAAUGAACAAAAAUUACAAGACAGGGACAGUCAAUCCACAAGUGUAAAGUCACUUUUAAGUAAUUGUUGAAAUAUCUGUUGCAUUGAUUACACCAAAAUAUGCUUAAUGUAUUACAUAUUUUGCAACUAUCACCUAUAGUGAUUUUGGUUGUAAUAACAAUAUUACAUAAUAGACAUAUUUUGGUAAUAGUAGCUUAAAUUGAUAUUGAAAUGUUAGAGAAUUAUUAUUCUCCUUUAAUUUAAAAUUAGUUUUGAAUUUGAUAAAUUCUUAAUUCACUAUAAUAUUACUGCUACUAGUUUGAUCGCUGUCAUCAAAGUGAUCAGUAUCUACAAUUAUUUUAUUAUCACUUUCAAAGCAAUUUAUUCCAAUAGAAGUUUUUAAUCUCAAGAAAGCAAUAAUUUGAUAGUGUUAUCUUGUUUAAUUAAAUGUUACUAUUAUUUUCAAUGUGCAAAGAUAUCAAAAAGUACCCUUACAUAUUUUUACUCAUUUUCAUUUGGAAUCUCUUUUUGGAAUAUCAGAUUUAUACUUCUUUUUAUUUAGAUAAUCAUUUUUUGCUACAAAAAUGUUUUUGUACAAUUAAAAUAAUUAAUAAAAGAAUGUCUAGUGUACUUUAAUAAUCGAUUAGUUAUAUGAUAACCAAUAAAUUAUAACACAACCAAUUAAUCUAUCAAAUACUAUCGAAAAACAAAAUUUAUUGUUAAUUACUAAUUGUUUGCCAUUUCAUUGUGGCCAGUACAGUAAACAAAUAUCUAUAACCUCCAAUUCAUAUUUAAAUUCACUGUCUUCCGAUCAUCGUACGUUAUCCUGCAGUAAAACUUGACUAUGCGUCAUCGUAAGAUUAUUUUAUUUUUUUUGCAUUACAUAUAGCUGUUGAUCACUAUUAUUCAAAAACUACAUAAAUGCUGCAGUUGCUGUUAUAUAAAGAAUGUUUGCAUUAACUUUCCACUGCAACUUUCUACAAGGUGACGUACGAAUUAAUCCGACCAACAUAGUACAGUAAUUUGAUAAGCACGUGCGACACAUGAGGCGAGAUUUUAAAAGUAGCAACUAGAAUUAAUUUUUUAAGGUGCUACCUUUAAGACUUCAUCAGCGCUUGACCCGAAUGUUUAGUGAACUCCUGUGCUAGUUACGAAUCACAGACAAUUUUACUGAAUCUACACUAUGUGUUACUGAUUGCUCAUUGAUUAUUCACACACAUCUUCCAGCAGAAUUGUGGCUGUAUAUAUACAUAUAUAUAAAAUGCAUAUGAAAGGAUACCAUCAAGAUCAAAAUUAUUGGCAAACGUUCUCUUGUUGCCUGCACGAUUUUGAACGAAAAAUAUCGGCACGAUGCCGUCCGACAAGGAUACAAGAAAAGCAAUCAUUAAAUUCGCUCAGCUUUACAACCUUUUCAAUCAACGUCGCAACAAAAAAUACUUCGACUCUGUCAUCCAAGACCUAGUGGACGUCAAUUGUCAAGUGCCAUCGAACGCUUAUUUAGAAUUGCACAAGUCGCACAUCAUUGGCUAUACGGCAUUGCAUAUCGCUGUGCAAAUGGAGCAAAUCGAAGUUGUCCAUCGUUUGUUGAAUCAAGGUAUUGACUUUACGAUGAAAAAUCGCAGUGGCUCAACGGCCCUUCACGAUGCUCUUCAAAAGAGCGUCAACAAGAUACCAGGCUGGAAAUUGAACGGCAGACUCGAUGAUUCUUUCAUCCGUCCAAUACUAUCACGUCACGUUGCCACGCACAACGCAAUAAAUCCGAGCAACGAGUGCGGCAUCACGCAUUUCCAUGUAGCUUGCAUGACUAACCAAACCGAAGCCAUUGAACUUUUUCUCGACAAGGGUGUGCCGGUCGAUCACGCUGUCGGUCAAACUUUGCCAGUGUGUCCAGGCUACACUGGCUUGCACUUCGCGGCUAGAUGUUGCGGUUUGGAAGCGAUGGAGAUACUCUUGAAACGCGGUGCUGACGCUAAAGCCCAAGACGCUAAAAAAAUGACACCGAUGCAGAUGAUCGUUGAAAAUAUCAUUGAAAUGGUUGAGAUGAUCAGAUCUGGCAACGACGAAGUUUACGAAAAUAUCACGGAAGACUUUGGAAAGAAUUUAAGGAUGAUGGUAUUGCUAAUGGGUUGGGAGACAAGUGCGGUCGAUAGCGUGGGCUUGUCACACGUUCACGUUGCCUGUACGAUGAGGGACACUUCGGUAAUCGAACGAUUACUGGAACAAAACGUCGACGUCAAUCAAAUAGUCAAGGUGGACUCGCCAGUUUGGCCAGGCUACACGCCGCUUCAUUUCGCCGCCAUGUUUAAUUUCGAGAUCGUCAAGUUGUUACUGACUAAAGGCGCAAACGUCGAAGCUAAAGAUGCUAAAGGCAUCACGCCGUUUCAGAUAUGUCUCGAAAGAUACGGAUUUGAAGAGAUACACUACUUACUGUCCAAUCACGAUGUCUGGCAAAACGUCGUACUGUCGGACGCCACCACGAAAUUAACCGAUCUCGUGCGAGCUAUGGGAAACUUGAAGGAAUUCGAGUCCCUGCUGCGAAACAUCGAUGCCAAUCAGGAGAAUCGACUGAACAUGCACGUGGCCAUCGACUCGCCGCUGUGGCCAGGUAAUACAAUUCUGCAUUUGGCUGUAAUAUUCUAUGACAUGACGAGGAAUCUGGGCAAAGUCGACCCGGCGGUUCAUCGUUUGCAAAUGAUCGAAGAGUGUUUGAGAUUGGGCUCAGACGUGACGAUAACAAACGCCGACGGUUACACGCCGCUUCAUCUGGCGUUCCGCGCCGGUAGAGACGACGCGGUCGAGAAAAUGCUCCAGCACCACCACUCGAUCGAUAACCCAGUGGACGACAGUGGACUGUCUCACCUGCACAUCGCUUGCGCAGCGAACAACAAACUUUCCGUGGUCAUUCUGCUAAUAUCAAGCAAAAGCAAUGUGAACCUUGGCUUGCAGACGACUUUCAUGUGGUACGGCACUUUGAGAAACACGUUUGGACUGAGCAGACGGUGCCUCGUGCACCUGAGGUCUGGUUCGACGCCGUUGCACGUCGCCGUGACGAUCGGUAGCGCGGAGAUCGUCGAAUUGCUGCUGAAACACGGCGCCAGCCUAUACGCCAGAGAUGCCGACGGCCUGACGCCAAUCCACUGCGUGCUGACCUCCUGCGACCGCGCGACGAUUGGCAAGACCUUGCUGUCCGCGCGGCGCCCGUCCGUGCACGAGUGCGUCACCGAUAGCGGACUGAGCCACCUUCAUAUCGCCAGCUUCGUCAACAGCGUGCACACGAUAACGAGCCUGCUCGAGCAUGGUGCAGACGUCGACUUGGCGAUCGCCGGCGAAUUCAUCACUAAUGCGUCCGUCGAUGCGUGCGACAAUCCGUUCACAUUCGUCAACAGUCUGAGUAUCACGCGGAACGUCGACGAACCCGACAACCAAAUAAGCGUCACGCUCGACCGGGAUACUCCGUCAGACGAGAGCGUCGAGGGAUUGAUCGAUCCGUACGGCGACCCACCGAUCGAUCCGUACGGCGAGUCAGACAAAUACCUCAAGCGCUACGCUGGCUUUACGCCUCUGCAUUUCGCUAUGCGGGCUAAUAGCCGCGACGCCGUGCAUCUGCUGAUCGACAGAGGUGCUGACAUUCUCGCCCGGAGCAAUGGUCAUACUCCGCUCUACGAUACUCUGAACUGCGUCUACAAUUACUUAGAGGAAUUCACGACCUUGCUCAUAGCUGACGUCGCCCUUCGCGAGCGUGUUCGCCACGAUACUGGAAUCACGAUGCUGCACAUCGCUUGUCACAGGAUCAACAUUGACAUGGUCAGGGAACUGCUGAGCAACGCUGAUACCGAUAUCAAUGCGACCAUCAAUUCUGAUUCGCCCGUUUGGCCGGGCUCCACGCCGUUGCACGUGCUGUUAAUCAUGUGGGAAAAUAAUUUCUAUACCACUACCAAUGUAGCGAAUAUGAUCGUUGACGUGAUGGUGUUACUGUUGAACAAUGGUGCCGAUGUUAAAAAGCAGAAUGCUCAACUCGAUACGCCUUUGCAUAUUGCCGACCGGAUAUUCUUUCUUUCCGAUGCUUAUCCAAUCACUUCUCCAGCUCAUACGUCCGUAAGUUUGCUGUUAAACAAACACAUGGAUUUCAACGUGAAUCCAAUUAACAACCACGGAUAUUCGUUCUUUCACAUUGCGUGCCGAAUGAAUUUCGUAGCUCCAGUGAGCGAGUACCUGAAUCAUGGGGUCGACGUUAAUCAACCAGUCGAUUACUUUACCAAUGAAAGUGCUGGACAGUCGCCAUUGAUCUUGGCAGCUGGAAGCCUCGAGAGAAUCAUUCGCGGGGUUGAGGUGCAAAUGGAAGUUGUCGAUGUGCUACUCGAAUAUGGAGCUGAUAUUCAGGCUGAAGAUGCGUUUCGCAAUACACCAUUGCACGCUGCCGGUGCUUGGGGUGGUUCUAGUGAAAUUCUCCUCACACGUUUAAUUAGUCACGGGGCUGAUAUGUAUGCCAAAAAUAUAUUCGGCGACACUCCAUUUGAAGUACUGCUUAGAUCGUUUAGAAUAACCACUGGGGAGGUCGCCGUUUUUCUUAGGCACGGCUUCAUUGUCAAUGGUUUCAAUGACAUAACCAAGGAAGGAUACAUGUCGAUACUUUUCUCAAAGCGGUUUGGCAAUAUUGCGUCAACGACGAUAUUCGAUACGAUAAUCAAGUUUACCAACAUUGCACAGAUCGACGAAAAGGGAAGGACUGCAGUUCACAAUAUCGUUUCGACUAGUCAUCCGAUAAUAUCGGACGACGAGUAUGUUGAUUUGUUUGAGCAAUUGACGGAAUGUGGACUUGACAUUGAUGCUCAAGAUGAAACAGGUAAAACUGCACUUCACAUGGCAGCGAUGUUCCGGAAUCAUGUGGCUGUGUCGGGUUUAUUAAAAUCCGGUGCGGAUCUUAACAUAUUAGACUCAAACAGGAAACCAGCGUUCGCUUAUUUUCUCGAGUCAUCUGACUUUGACGAGGACGUCGACGAAGGAGUCACAGAAUUAACCAUAAAAGCAUUUGUUUUCCACAUACAGAAAUUGCAACUUUGCGGAUUAGAAUUUAAUCAACUGAAUGGGAUGAUUCGCGAUCGUGCCAUUGAAAAAUACGCAUUUCAUUUUGAUUUCUAUGAAAGUUUUAAUGCUGAACGUGAGAAGUUGAAAAAAACCAACAUCGGAUCACGCUCGUUUACUCUUUAUGAUUUUCUUUCUGAAACUGGUGCAGUGUCUGCUUAUCCUAUGAUGACUCAGCUGGAUCGUAAUGAGACUAAAGAAUUUUUUGAAUCUACUUGUAAAUUCACCUUGCAUCGCGAAUUCUAUGAACUUGCGGGACUUUUAAAGCUACAAUACAGAAAGGCAGUAAAGAGAUUACAACUUGUAGAACCAGCGGUGAUCGCGUUGCUUGGAUUGACCCCUUACAUGUUACCUGAUUUAUGCUCUGAAGCUAUUUUAAAGUAUCUGUCCAAUUCCGAAUUAUCUAAGCUUAUCUCGAAUAUACUUCAAGUCGAGCCUGGGCGGAAACGGAUAAGAAUCCAGUGAGGAACAAAAAUAACGACUGAACAUUCGGUCGAGUCCAUAGUUUUAUAUUUGGAAAAGCUACUGCGCGAAGAUUUUUAAUAAUA